AUGUGGGCGGGAGUUUUUUCUGCUUUGUGGCCAGUAGGUCGUGCAGUUAUCGGUCCCUGCUGGAAAAAGCCUUGUGCCAGAAGAUUAAGCAGAUCCUGUGCCCCCUUCUCGCUGCUAGUGUUGGUGCACUCAUCCAGCCAUAGGUUGGGCUUGACGGCAGCUACCCUUUCUCUGGCUGCUGUCUGGUGGUCGAUGGAGGCAGACUUCCUCGUGCCGUCCUCCCUUUUUUGGGGUUGGCCGAGACUGGAGUCUGCAGCUUGUCUGACGUGUGUGGCGGUUGCUGUGUGUGGGUUCGAGAAGAGUAAGAGAGGUUUUAUUGUAUUCGUAGAAACUGACCCUGGUUUCCUCAGCGGCGGAGUUCUGCCGCCGUGCUCCUACAACCCGCCGCCGCGCCUCCGCAGCCCAUCGCCGGAGACGAAUUCGGCCAAGCAGGCUCCGUCGGAAAAAGCCCCUGUCCACAGCCACGAGUACCCCGCCGCCGCCGAGAACAGCCGGUGGAGAUGGGGAAGGUGCCGGCGAUCAACCAGACCCAUUGUGGUCGUUGUCGCGGCAAGAACGGCCGCUGAUGUUGUCUGUUGUUGUUCUCAUCGGCGAUGCGAUUUCGGAAGGGCUGGCGGCGAUGGCGUGCAGAGGAGAAUUGUUGACGUCGUUGGUAUCCAUUGGCCGGCGAGGCGGCGUUUGGUGACGAGGAUGGCGGCAGCGGCGUUUGGUGACGAGGACGGUGGCGGCGCGGCUGAAGAUGAA